AUGGAAGACCGCAAGGAAUCGCCAAAACUUGAGCCAGUGGUUUCAUUCACAAAAGCGGACUUGGAAGACAAGCACAAGCAUGUCUUAACCACCAUAGAGUUACCCGGAGGAAAGGAGAUUGAAAUCACAAACGAUGUUGAUGUUGCGAUGAAGUUUGCCAUUGAGCACAAGGGGGAAAGUAAGCCAUUGGAUCCCGCUACCGAUAGAAAGAUUUUACGUAAAAUUGACAUGUACUUGCUUCCUGUCAUGUGUUUGUUGUAUUGUUUUCAAUUUAUGGAUAAAUUGAGUACCAGUUACAGCUCAAUUUUAGGUUUGAGGGAAGAAUUACAUAUGAAAGGGGAUAUGUACAGUUGGACCUCAACCAGUUUUUACAUUGGAUAUUUGGCCUUUGAAUUUCCAGCUUCAUUGAUCCUUCAAAGAUUUCCCGUUGCCAAGACUGUAAGUGUUUUUAUCAUUUUAUGGGGAAUGAUUCUCGCCUUAUGCUCGGUUCCAAAGUAUGCGGGAUUUAUAACUUUGAGGACACUAUUGGGUAUGUUGGAGCUGUCGGUUAGUCCAGCAUUUGCUAUAAUCACAUCCCAAUGGUAUAAAAAGGACGAACAAUUUUUGAGGACGGCUUGGUGGUUUGGUUCCAAUGGGUUUGGAGUUGAUCUCGGUAGUUUGAUUGCAUAUGGCUUGUAUAAAAAGCAAGACUCAUAUACAUUACCUGCUUGGAAGUUGGUGUUUGUUGUUACUGGGGUUUUGACGGUAUUUUUAGGCUUUAUGAUUAUGCUCCACAUCCCCGACACCCCCACUGGUGCGUGGUUUCUUACAGAGGAGGAAAAAGUUUUGGUGGUUGAAAGGAUCAGGUCCAAUCAACAAGGAUUUGGUAGUCCCAAGUUUAAGAGGGAACAAUUUAUUGAAGCUCUAGCUGAUCACCGAACUUGGCUAUUUUUUCUCUUCUCAAUUGCUCACAACAUCCCCAACGGAGGUGUCACAUCAUUUGGGUCAAUAUUGCUCAACGAGCAGUUUGGUUAUGACACGGCGGAUUCCCUUUUGAUGGAUUUACCUUCAGGAGCAAUUGAGAUUGUCGGAUGUGUUUUGUUUGCGUGGGCCCUGAAGUUUCUCAAGUCUCGUAUGAUUAUGGCAAUAUUCAUGGCAAUGGUUACUGUUGUUAUGGAAUGUUUAUUGGCAUUUGCCCCAACCGAUCACGGAAAACUCGCAGGCUACUAUUUGUGGAAUCUCAGCCCACUUUGUUUUAUUUGCAUUCAAUCUCAAGUGUCUUCAUCUAUUGCUGGCCAUACAAAGAAAAUCACCGUAAACGCUAUAUUUUUGAUCGGUUACUGUGUCGGCAAUUUGAUUGGUCCUCAAACAUUCAUUGACAAGCAAGCUCCUACCUACUCUGGGGCCAAAGUUGGUAUCGUUGUUUGCGGCAGUUUCGAGCUUGGAUGCUUGAUUGCAGUUUACAUUUCUUUUUAUUUGGACAACAAGAGACGCGAUGCUUUACCCCCGGUUGAUAUGAGCCAUAUUGAGAAUUACGAAUUUGCUGAUUUAUCCGAUAAGCAGAAUCCAAACUUUAGAUAUGCACUUUAG